GCCGCGCCGGGCGUAAGCACCGCAGAAGCGUGACGCCGGUAGCAGUUGAAAAAUGGCGAGUGUUACUGAACUGAAAGCUGUUUUAAAGGACACCUUGGAAAAAAGGGGAGCGUUAGGACAUUUAAAAGCAAGGAUCCGUGCUGAAGUUUUCAGUGCCCUAGAUGAUGAUCAUGAACCCCGACCAUCAUUGUCUCAUGAAAACCUUCUAAUUAAUGAAUUAAUUAGAGAGUAUUUGGAAUUCAACAAAUAUAAGUACACAGCCUCUGUCCUCAUAGCAGAAUCUGGUCAACCUGUAGUCCCAUUGGACAGACAGUUUCUCAUCCGUGAACUGAAUGCCUUUGAAGAAUCAAAGGAUGACUCAAUCCCAUUUCUUGCGUGGUCCUCCAGAUGGCAUCCAGAAUGUGCUUCUGACAGAGUCGACACUCCAGCCUCCAAACAGGCAUCCCAGCUGGAAGCCCAGCAGAAAACCAAGGGAUGACUACCUGAGGAAGGACACGGUCCCGAGCACUGCGACUGAAGAGCUGCAUGCUGCUGCACAAGCAGUCAGUAGAUGACUCUCUGAUCUCAGCUGUGUAUGUGGAGAAGUUAACUUAUUAUUCCCAAUACCAUUAAUUAGACGACCACUGUUUGUAAACGUUUGAGCUUCUACAAACAUUCAGCCUCAAAUUUUACUGUAUCUGUGAAAAACUAAUCCAUGCUAAAAGCCACUGGAGAAAAAUAUGUAUUGUUUUCAGGAUUGUUUUUUGUUUUGUUUUUUUACUUUUUUGUUUUUUGAGUCAGGUUUUUGUUUUUUUUUUUUUUUUUUGGUAUAGCCUUGGCUGUCCUAGAACUUACACUGUAGCCCAGGCUGGCCUCAAACUCACAGAGAUCUGCCUGCCGAGUGCUGGAAUUAAAGGUGUGCGCCACCACUGCCAGGCCAGGAUGUAUAUUUUAAAGUUCUUAAGUUUGAGAAAACUGAAAGGUACUUUGUACUUUAUUCUUUGUCCCUCUUCCCUUUUUUAAAGGCCAUCACCAAGGGCUGUGGAAGUGAAGGCCAUCACCAAGGGCUGUGGAAGUGAAGGCCAUCACCAAGGGCUGUGGAAGUGAAGGCCAUCACCAAGGGCUGUGGAAGAGCUUCCAGGGAAGCUCUUGCCUCGUAUUUGUAAGGUCCCAAGUUUAGUCCUCGCACUGAGAAAAAGAAAACAAGCACAGGUCUUUGUCUGUAUGCUCUGUUCAUUAAACUUCCUUCAGCUAGAAUUAUAUAGACCUGUGGAAAAACUCAUUCAUGUUUUUGAAAAAAUAUUUAAAGGGCAUAAAACCAAAAUUUAUUCCUUUAAAAUUUGAUAUUUAAGAAAUAUCUGAAUCACUGUCUGCCCCAGAUAGUUUUGUCUCAGCUUGACACAAGUUAGAGUCAUUUGGGAAGAGGAACUCUCAGUCGAGAAAUAUUCCUUCAUCAGAUUGGCCUAUGGGCAAGCCUGUAGUGCAUUUUAUCAGUGAUUGAUGUGAGAGGGUCCAGCCCACUGUGGGUGGCUGGUCCUGGGUUCAGUAAGAAAGGCCGAGCAGGCCUUGUUGAGCAAGUCUCUGUGGUGUUCUACCCUGACUUCUUCAGUGGUAGCUUGUGAUAUGGAACUGUAUGCUGAAAUAAACCCUCUCCUUCCCAA